AUGACGGAUUUACAAAAUCCUAAUGAUCAAAUAGAUCCAAAAUUCAAUAUAUAUUUUCAAAAUAAACGUAUUCGUCGACAUUUAAUAAAAGCUGGAUUAAUUAAUCGUCAAGGUGAAAUUUUACCUGCUAUAAAUUCUGAAGUUGCACUAAAUCGACGACCAACACGACAACGACGACCAUUAUCUGCAGAUAAAUUAUCAAAAUCUAUUCAUCAUUAUGUAUUAGAAGAUGAACAAAAACGUCGAAAACAUACUCGUAAUCAAUUUGAUUUUUCAGCUAAACGUGUUCAUAUUGAAAAAAAACCAGAAUCAAAACAUACAACUCGUCGAGAUAGAUCUCAUAGUUCAUUAAAUGUUCAUCAUUCAAUUGCAUUAGGAACGAAAAAUCGUUCACCAACACGUCCAAAAUCUGCACAUCAUUCAUUACAUGACUCAAAAAAAUGUUUGGCUCGUUAUUCAGUAAAACCUACGUCACGAAAUCGAGAACGUCGUCGAGUAAUAAUGAUCUAUUAUGGACCGACGACAAAUAUUGAUUAUAAUACUACUUGGUUUCAACCUGAUGGUGAUGAAAUUGUUGUUUCUCAACAACAUUGUGGUGGAGAAAAUCUUGUUGUUUUUAAAGGUUAUGUUAAACCUUAUGAAAAAUUUGAAUUUGAAUCUCGACGUCAUCGAGAUUAUCCAUUUGCAUUAACACUUUAUAUCAAUGGUCUUAUUGAUAGUCGUUUAUCAGCUUGUUGUGAACAUCGACAUAAACGUAAUGUACCAUUAGGUGGUAAACAUGGUUUAUUUGGUAUUGUUGAUGUUAAAAAUAUAAAACCAUGUCGAUGUUGUCGAUAUAAACAACGUAAAACAAAAUCACGAUCAACUAUUUCACUUGGAAUUGAACCAUCUCGUUAUCGAAGAUCAGUUGUACCUCGUUUUCAAUUAAGAAGUCGAUCUAAAUCACCUGAAAUUCGACAAACUUCAAGUUCACCUCAUGUUAUAAUUAAAUCUAGAGAUCAUUCUCCACAUAUAUCUAAAACACCAACACCACCUCCGAUAGCAGAUAAUAAAAAACCACGCAUAUAUUCUGCUAAACCCAAUCGAUCUGAAGUUUCAGCAAACACUCAAAAAGUAGCAAUAUCGCUCAAUAAUGAUAAUGAAAAUUAUUCAUCGGAUUUUGAUGAAACUAAUGAUGAUGAUGCUCCACCAUCGACUUCACGAUUUGGUCAACCACGUAUAUCUGAUUCAAAUUCAAUCGGUAGUAAUUCACCUAUUAUUUCGAAAAAACCUACUUCUUCUAAAGAUGAAAAUAAUUAUGAUCUAUCGAAAAUACCCAUGAAAAAAAAUGAUACUGAAAUUCAUUCACGAAAAUCUUCAUCGACUAUUUCAAAAAAAUCUGAUCUUUCAGAAAAUGAAGAUAAUCAUUAUAAAUCAACAAUGUUACCAAAAAAACCUAAUAAUAUUAAUCAUUUAUCAAGUACUUCAACUCAUACUUCAAAAAAAUCUGAUUCUUCUAAAGAUAAAGAUAAUGAUAUAUUAAUUGGAAAAAAUAAUACUACUGAUCAUGUAGAAAAAUCUUUAUCUAAUACGUCGAAAAAAUCCGAUUUUUUUGAUGAUAAUGAUAGUGAUCAUUAUAAAUCUACAACAUUAACAAAAAAAACUAAUGAUGAUGAUGAUAAUUCAUCAAAUUCUUUACAUGGUUUUUUUAAAAAAUCUGAUCCUUCUAAAGAUGAAUAUAAUUAUGAUUUAUCAAAUGAAAAAAAUACUAAUACAAAUUAUUCACGAAAAACUUCAUCUAGUAGUUCGACAAAAUCUGAUCUUUUGGAUAAUGAUAAUUAUAAAUCAACACAAAAAAACGAUGAUAUUGAUAAUUUUCAAAAUUCUUCAUCUAAUAUUUUAAAGAAAUCUCGUCCUUCAAAAGAUGAAACAAAUUAUGAACUACUUGAUAUGUUAAUGAAAACAAAAGAUACUACAGAUCAUUCACAAAAUUCUUCAUCUGAUACUUCGAAAAUAUCUGAUCUUUCAGAAAAUGAAGAUAAUCAUUAUAAAUCAACAACAUUAACAAAAAAAAAUAAUGAUAAUGAUAAAUUAUCAACUUCUUCAGAUAGUACGAUAAGAAAAUUUCGUAAUUAUCAAAAUGAAGAUAAUGACAAGCAAUCUAAUUCAUCUAUUGAAAGAGAUAAUGAUGAAAAUCAUUCACCAAAUUCUUCAUCUGAACUUGAUGAGGAGGAUGAAGAGGAGGAGGAGGAGGAAAAUGAUUAUUAUAAAUCUGAAACACCAAUAAAAACACAUGAUAAUGAUAAUAAUUCACCAAGAUAUGAAUUUAAUAAGAAAAAUACUAAUGAUAAUAAAUUAUCAUUAACAACUACAUUUAAAAAUAAUAUUGAAAAUCGACGAUUAUCAUCAAGUUCAGAAGAUAAAAAUUUUAAAGCAUUAUUUGCAAAAAAACCUCAAAAUAUUGAUUACACAACUAAUUUACCUCGUGUUUCAAUAAGUUCAACAGAAGAUAUUUUUGGAACAAAACAAUAUUCAUCUACAAAAAAAAAUAAAGAUGUUCCUGUUUUUUCAAAAGAUUGGUUUGAAACAAAUAAUAAAAUUAAUCUUGAUGAUAAUGAUGAAACUAGUUUUAAUUCAAAUUCUAAAACAAAACCACGGCGAAAAGAUCUUAGUUCUGAUGAAGAUGGUACGUAUUAUGACUCUUAUUAUCUAGUACAAAAUUUAUAUUGA